UCGAUGAAAAACUGCGGCAGUACGCUGGCAUUUCCGAAGGAGGUAACAAGGAGAUUAUGUGAUUCUCGCAGUCGCGUAUAAAUCAUCAGGCUGUCAUAAUAUAUACAGUUUAAACCAUGACUGUCAGACUUGUCGUGCUGGGGAUUUUUCUACUCAUUGCUAGCCCAUGUUUUUCAAUAAAUAUCUUUCGAUAUUUGGGUCAGGCUUACCGUAAAAAUUUAAUUAAAUUCUACGAAGAUCCUCAAUUUGGAAAUAAAAAAAUACUAGAUGAAUACGAUUUCAUAGUGGUAGGAGCUGGUGCUGCAGGAGCAACAGUCGCUCGACGGUUAGCGGAAGUCUCAGGAUGGAACAUACUACUAUUGGAAGCUGGAGGAGAAGAAUCAUUGAUUACUUCUCUCCCAAGUAUUGCUCACUAUUUACAAUUUACAAAUUACAAUUGGGCAUACCACACGGAAGAAGAAUUACAUGCUUGUAAAGGACUUAUAAACAAGACUUGCCCAUGGCCAGCAGGAAAAGGAUUGGGAGGAAGCACAAUAAUUAAUAACAAUAUGUACACAAGAGGUAAUGUAAGAGAUUUUGAUCGUUGGGCAGAAGCAGGAAAUCGAGGGUGGUCUUUUAAUGAUGUACUACCAUAUUUCAUAAAAAACGAAGACAUAAACGUACCGGAACUAAAGAGGUCCCCUUAUCACGGGGUCGGAGGACCAUUGCCAAUUAGCUAUCCUGAUUAUAAGUCAAAACUGGUCGAAGCGUUCUUGGAGUCAGCACCUGAGGUCGGUAUGUCUGUUGGUGACUAUAACGCUCCGGGUAGUCAUGUGGUUUUCUCCAGAAUUCAAAGUACAACGUUGGGUGGCAGACGUAUUACUUCUGCAAGAGCAUAUCUUCACGACAAUUUAAGUAAUCUGCAUGUAGUUGAAUUCGGAUAUGUCACGAAAAUAUUAAUAGACGAACAAACAAAAGUGGCAUAUGGGGUGGAGUUCAUGAAGAAUAAAAGGAAAAGAAGAGUGUUGGCUAAAAAGGAAGUCAUAGUAUCAGCAGGCACGUUUAACUCGGCUAAACUGUUAAUGUUGUCAGGUGUUGGGCCUAAAGAACAUCUAGAUUCUUUAGGUAUAAAAACCGUAAGUGAUUUACGGGUAGGAGACAACUUACAAGAACAUCCAGCAUUUGCCGGGUUAGCAUUUCUAGUAAACGAAACUGUGUCAUUUGUUCCGGAUAGAAUAUUUCGUAACUUAUUAAACGAAGCAUUUAAAAUACACGAAAAGAGGAGUUUUAUGACAACAUUACCCCCUGAAGGUGUUGGCUACGUGAAAACCAAGUACAACACGGAUGUAGGAGACAUUCCUGAUAUCGAGUACAUAUUCCUGUCUACCAGUUUGGCGGGAGAAGGGGGUUUGGGUGCCAGUAUGGGAAGGAGAUCGAUGGGUGUACCCGACAGGCUAUACUACGAAACAUAUCACGGCGCUUUGGCACGUGACACGUGGUCGAUCUGGGUUAUGUUGAUGUAUCCGGAGAGCAGAGGACAGGUAAGGCUGCGCAGCGCUAAUCCAUUUGACAAACCGGUGAUCAACGCGAACUUUUUCACCGACCCAAUGGAUUUGAAACGAAUCGUGGCAGGCAUAAAAAUGACGAUCGAGCUCAGCAAAACCAAGGCGUUUCAAAAGUACGGUUCCCGUUUGCACAAAACACCCAUGCUCGGGUGUAGGCAUUUAGAAUUUGGCACCGAUCAAUACUGGGAGUGUUGUGUGCAGACGAUGACGAUGCAAAUGCACCACCAGAGUGGCACGUGCAAAAUGGGACCGGAAUGGGACCGAAACGCCGUAGUGAACUCUCAGCUGAAAGUGUAUGGAGUGAAUAAACUGAGGGUGAUAGAUUGCUCAAUUAUGCCCACAAUUACAGGCGGUCACACUGUUGCACCAGCGUACAUGAUUGGCGAGAAAGGUGCCGAUUUAGUUAAGUCUACUUGGUUGAAUAACAUCCAAGCAGACUUGUGAUCAGUAUCUAGUUGAUAUGUAUUAAAUAUUGUGAUUGAAAUACUUCUAUGAAAGAAUAUCAGUACAAAUUAUUAUAAAUCCAUUCUGUGUUAUUAUCAAUAGAAGUUAGACAUUAUUUUUUAUUUUUUUUUAAAUGUGUGUAAGAUGUAAGUUUAGAAUAUAAAAUAAAUGAUUAACAAUGUAUUUAUUAGGUAAAAUAAUUUUAAAAAAUGUAUUCCUUAUGAGGUACACCUAUCAGUACUGACCAUAUUUGUACCAAAAAAACAUAAAUAAGAAAUUAUGUAAAUUUUUAAUAGAAUCACAAUGUUAAAAAGCAUAUACAUAAAUCGAGCGCAAUCAUUUUUAGCAUAAAGUUACUCAAUAUUUAUUUGGUUUUGAUUAUUAUUAAAUUUACAAAUAUAUAUGUAUGUUCUCAGUGUUACUCACGAGUCACGACCAAUGUCACCGUCGAUCAUAAAUUUGUUAUGGUAUCAUAAAAUAAAACCAUUUUACUACUUUUGAUCGUCACAAGGAUAAAAAUAAAUUGAACUUGUUCUCGGUUUUCCUAAAAAGAGGUAUACCUACCUAAUAAAUUCAAAUUUAAUCUCUACAUUUAAAAUUGGGUUACUGUUUAUUUUGACUGCCUAUUUGUUUUAAUUUUAUAUUAAUUCAAAAAAUUCACCAUUUUCCAAUACCCAUGUAAAAGCCCACGUAGUUGUCCUUUUUUUUAGAAAUAUAAAUAUUCUUUGCAAAUAAAAAUGGUGCUUAAGAAAUUAAUUAAAAUAGUUUAAUUAUUAAUUAUGUCAUGACAAAUAAAUUAAAUUAUAGGUACAUAGUAUUUUACUGUCCUACUAUUAUGGUUUCAUUGAAAUAUUUAAAUAUUAUUAUUGUACAAACAAUUAUUUUUUCUUCGAUGUAUUAUAUUCCACAACAAUAACCACAUGGUCGUAAAUUAAAUAAAUAAUAUAUAUUAUAUAGGUAUUAUAUUUAAGUAAGAACUUUGAAUGAUGUAUUUUAUUUUAUAGAAAUAUGUUUCAAUUUUGAAUAUUAGUACUUCGCAGUUUAUAGUGUAAUAUACAUGGUAAGUUUUGAAACGUUUUGUCGUUCUGGACAAAUUUAUUUUCAUUGAUUUCCGAAAAAGUAAUAAAGUAAAAAAACAAACACGAACGAUAACAUUUACGGCUUGGUCUGUAUUUCUUUCUUCAUUUUUCACGGUACACAGAUUUUUAAACCCGAUUUAUUUUAGAGGUGGUACAAUUUAUUACAUUUCCUGUCGAAAAAUGGUGAACGAGGGGUGACUGGGCUGUAAUAAUUCAGGUCGAUUGAAAAAAUGGUUUAAUUGCUUAACUUUUUUGAUACACAAACGAGAAAAGAAAUAAAUGUCAGUGUUCUAAUAGUAUAUCCGUCAGUGAUUGUUUGACAAACUCACAAGACUGAAGGUUAAGUGUGAAAUUGUAGAUUAAAAAUUAAUGUUAUUAUUAUGAUAAUUGUUAUACUUUUAAGAAAUAAAACUAAAUUCCACUCGUAAUCACGUAAAUGAUUAAAAAAGUUUUGAACUUUGUAAUGAAAAAAAUUUGUUUAUCUACACGGUACCAACCUAUUUAAAUAUUUUUCCGGUGGGAUAAUUAAAAUUCGUACCUAAUUAAUUUUACAAUUUUCAAAUGAUCAGUCCUCGUCGUGAAUAUUUUUUUUUUACUGCGCCAAAAAAAAAAAAAA